AUGGACGUCCCAGGCGGUGGCGCAGCAGGAAGCGCAGGAGGCCAGGGUGGCAGCAGAAGCCUCGAUGGUCAGGGCAACCCCAAUGGCCAGGGUGGUGAGGGCGCAGUUGGUGGUGCUCAAGUGGCGGAUGCCAAUGAUGGCAGUGUUCCCUGUGUCCUCUGCGCACUGCUUCCUCAGGGGCAAGGUGGAGAAUUCGUGCCUGAGGAGAGAAGGCCAGGACUCCAGCUGCAUGAAUUCACUCUCAAAGUCCCAUUCCCUUCGCCUUUGGAGGCUGAGAUUGCUCAGAGAUCCUUGGCUCCGUAUGUGGAACACCUGCAGGCCAUCCAUAAGGAGUUCGCAGUGGAUAGCAGCACCCUGCUUGUUAGCUGGGCCGCUGAAGACAUUUAUCUCCUCCGAAUUUCCUUCACAUCCUUUCUUGAUCAGCUUUCCCUGAUGGUGCGGGCCAUGCAGCGCUUUGGGACCCUGUCUCCGCCUACGUCUCUGCCAAGAAAAGAAGACUGA